AUGGCGACUGAAAGUUCUGAACAGUCUGGAAACCGUAAUAUCGAUAUUUACAAGGAUCUUGAAUCAUAUUCAUGGGAUACUGAUCAAGAGUUCCAGGGUGGUCUCUCUGCUAUAUUGGGCAAUGCAUCUUCUCCUGAUCAAAUUCGAGAAUUGACGCUUCGUGCUCAAUGUUUCUAUCUCUCUCGUAAGAAGAAUAUCGUCAUCGAUUUCGAUGGAUAUAAAUCAUAUCUCGCCACCCAAUCCUCCGCAACUUCUUCCGCCGAUGUCCCUGAAAUUACCCCCAUAUCUUCAAACUUUACUCCAUCCUCCAAUGUUCCACUUCAUCAUGAAGAUGACCUACCACCUGCUAGUACUGAAGCUGAUUCAAAGGCGCCUUACCCGCAAUCUUUCGCUGAAAUUGUUGCUUUGAUCACAGCUGGUAUUCCCAUUCCAGGUAUCCGUGAUAUUCCCGAUACAGUUCUCACGGACCAAGGUACCAAGCCAGUUGCACGAAAGCGCCGUAAGCCAUGGGAGACAGACGUUGAUGAGGAAACGAUUCAGGGUGGUGGAACUUUUGGCGAUCAUCGAGAUAUCAUUAUCCAACAAGAAUAUCCAACUGAUGUUUAG